AAAAAAAAAAAAAACGGAAAGGAAAAGAAAAGAGGAGAGAGGAAAGCAGAUCUCCAGUGCUGGUGCCAGCAUUGGUCUGGCUGAUGGGAUGCCCAGGCUCCUGGGGCACAAGCUCUGGGAAGGGUUUCUCACUUGCCAUGCAAAUUGGUUCUCAUGCACAGUGUGCUCUUUCAGACCUUUCUGGAAAAGUGUUGCCCUACCUCUACGUGGCCCCUUCUCCGGCCACAUCUUGUUCUUUCUCAUGGUUAUUACCAAAAUCCUUGUCUGUUGUUACCAGCGGUCCCUGGCUGGCCCCACGGCCAUGCAGGUGUUGGUGUUUGGGACAGGCACAUCAGCCCCAGCUGGGCACCAGGGUCCUGCCAGCCCCUCCUGGCCCCUCCAGCCAUCCGGACUGUCCAGACUCCCACCCUGAAGCCCACCCUGGUGGGACACAGCCCAGCCCGCCUGGGCUGCACGGCCGGGAGGUGUCCCAGGUCACCUGCCCUGCACCAUCCCUGCUGCUGCUCUGGCCUUGGCUGUGCCACCACUUGGAUCCCUCCCAAACUGAAGUGAUUCCCAGUGUUUUCUCAGCAUUUCUCCUACCCACAAAGUGCUGUGCUUCCUCUUUCCCUUCCCUUUUGAGGCCAACACAGACACAAGUUCUGCUACCACAGAGAGGGCAGCGGGUGGGCUUUGCCUCGUGCAAAUCCUUGUUCCCAAACUGGAGCCAGAAACACUUCAGAGCAGACAGGGGGACAGAGAAAAGAGCUGCAGCCCCCAGCACCUGCCCCUGCAGCUCCUGGACACCCAGGACCUGCUCCCAGCCCGUGCCAUGGAGGGAAAGGCAGAUUAUCAGCAGAGUGUGGUGGAGCUGGUGGCUGCGUUUGAAGAGCACUGCAGGGACAGCACAUCAGCCCAGAGGGACAGGCAGGCAGGCAGGCAGCCCCAGCAGCUUCCAGCAUUCCCUGCCAGCCAGAGGUGCUCCCUGACCAGAGAAGAGAAUGAGGAGGAGGAGGAUCAGCAAGGUCAGCGUGGACUCAGCUUCAAAUGCCUCCGUUCUCUGCGAUGCAAAAUCCGUGAGGACAACUGGAGGAGGCCACAGGGCCCAGGCCUGGAGCCUGGCAGCCAGGAACCAGAGGAAAAGAAAAUCGCACUGGAGCUGCUGGAGACAGAGCAGGCUUAUGUCAACCGCCUCCACCUCCUUGACCAGGUAUUCUAUUCAGAGCUGAUGAAAGAAGCCAAAACUGGGAAGACAGUCCCAGAGGAGGUAGUGAAAAUGAUCUUUUCCAACAUCUCCUCCAUCUACCAGUUCCACGCUGAGUUCUUCCUGCCAGAGCUGCAGAAGCGCAUGAAGGAUUGGAACCGCAACCCCCGCAUUGGGGAUGUCAUCCAGAAGCUUGCACCCUUUCUCAAGAUGUAUGGGGAGUACGUGAAGAACUUCGACAAGGCCGUGGAGCUCAUCACUGCCUGGUCAGAGAAAUCACCCCCCUUCCAGGAGCUCAUUGCUGACAUCCAGAAGAGGAAGGUCUGCGCUAACCUGACGCUGCAGCACCACAUGCUGGAACCUGUGCAGAGGAUCCCGCGCUACGAGCUCCUCCUGAAGGAUUACGUCCGGAAACUCCCGCCCCAAUCCCCCGACAGGGGCGACGCCGACAAGGCCCUGGAGAUGAUUUUUAUGGUGGCCAAGCACUCCAAUGCAGCUAUUGCCGAGAUGGAACGGCUGCAGAACCUCUGGGUGGUCUAUCAGAGGCUGGGCCUCGAGGAUGACAUCGUGGAUCCCUCCAAUGAGCUGAUCAAGGAGGGACCAAUCCAAAAAGUCUCCACCCGCAACAACAGCACAUCGGAGAAGUACCUGUUCCUGUUCAACAACAUGCUGCUGUACUGCGUGCCCAAGGUCAUCCAGGUGGGCGCCGAGUUCCAGGUCCACCUCCGCAUGGAUGUGGGGGGCAUGAAGGUGCGGGAGCUGAAGGACGCUGAGUUCCCUCACACCUUCCUGGUGUCGGGAAAGCAGCGGACGCUGGAGCUCCAAGCCAGGUCUGGGGAGGAGAUGAACGCCUGGAUCAAGGCCUUCCAAGAUGCCAUUGACAGGAAGGAGAAGAGGAGUGAGACCUUUAAGACAGCAGUCCAUGGACUGGAGACAGACACCCCUGCACUGAAGACAGAGGAGCUGGGCCGCCGAGCCCCGCAGUGGGUGCGGGACAAUCUGGUGACCAUGUGCAUGCGCUGCAAGGAGCCCUUCAACGCCAUCACCCGCCGGAGGCACCACUGCCGAGCCUGUGGAUAUGUGGUGUGUGCUCGCUGCUCUGACUACAAGGCCGAGCUGCAGUACGAUGGGAACCGCCCAAACCGGGUCUGCCAGGAGUGUUUCAUCUUCCUGACCGGCCACACGGUGCUCGAGGACCGCAAGGGGAAGCACAAAGGCAUCCUGGAGAAAGGAGCUGCAGAGGUAUCAAGCAGGAGUUUGCUCUGCAGUUCCCUGCAGCUGCUAGACAAGAACGGCAAGGGAAGCACGCGGGGCUGGUUCGUGAUCCCACAGGACGAUCCCCUCGUGCUCUACAUCUAUGCAGCCCCCCAGGACGUCCGAGCCCACACCUCCAUCCCCCUGCUGGGCUACCAUGUGCGGGACAUGCCCCAGAGCGAGUCCCGGCACCUCUUCCAGCUGGCGCAGUCCCGGCAGGUGUUCACCUUCGUGGCCGACACUGAGGAGCUGAAGCAACGCUGGAUGAAGGCCAUGGCACGCUCUGCAGCGGGGAUCACGCACCCGGAGGAGGAGGAGGAGGGUGCAGAUGAAGCAGAAUGAGGCCAUUGCCACCCCUGCGCUGUCUGGGGGUCACACCUCCCCUGCCUGCUCUCACUGCUGGCUUUGGGCAGACCGCCGACAUCUCUGCAUUCUGGUUUUCCAUCGUGAUAGGGGCAAGGCGGGGACACGUUUGCCAGCACACGGACAAGCUGGAUCCCCUUUCCCUCGCUGCUCACGCUCCGCGCUGGACAGAGCGGAGGGAGCGGGGGAUUUUGGGGAGCCCGCGCCCCGCAGAGCCCGGGCGCUGUGCGGUGCCGCCGGCGGCCACGCGAGGGCAGCACCGCCCCGUCCUUCCGCAGCCGGGCGGGGAUGCCCCGAGCCGGGCGAGCCCGUGGGACGGGGACUGCUGGGAUAAACCCCACCUGCGACCCCCCUCUGCACU